AUGGCAGUGGAUAGAUGGAUGGAGUUGUAUACCGUAGAAGUUGAAGUUGUCGGGAAAGAUUGUGAAGCUGCAGGGAAACCUGGUGCUAAGGCUAAUGAAGGUGACUACUUCGACAAUGAUGCUAAUGUGAGUCAGACUGAAGACGUAAACAAUGGUAGUCCUGAGGGCGAUGAUGGGUCAGAUUUGGAUGAUGAUGCUGAUAUAAGUGAUGAUGAUGAGAGUGAUGAUGAUAACGAGGAAUGGAGUGAUAAGGAUUCUGAAUAUGAUUCAGAAUUUGAUGACCAAGAUUAUGAGGAGAAUGUAGAUGAGAAAAAAGUAACAUGCGGUGUUGAAGAUGGUAAUAUUGAAGCUGCUGCAACUGUGGCACAGGGUAUUGGCAAGAAGAAACUUGCAGGAAGUAGUAGCAGAAAUCAGCAAGAGGGUUCAAAUAAGAUUCCUGAAAUCUGUAGGUCAAUGGGAGAGUUCACAGAUACAGGUGUUGGGGAUCUCAAUGAAAGUGAAGAUGAAUGUAUUGGUGGUAGACUAAGGGAUAUGAAUAUAACCGUACCAGAUUCUGAUGAUGACUUGAACCACUCCAUGAAUAUGAUGAAGAAGGUGAUGAACCUUUAG